AUGGAGGUCAAUUGCACAUCUGCAAUCAACACAUCGAGCGUGUUCCAGAGUCUCACUCAUCUCGAUAUUGCCGAUCAAUUGUUGCUGGACGAAUCACAAACAGGCUUAGAAGAUCUUCAUUCGUUGAGUCACCUGUUUGUGAUUCUUAUAACCAAGAAGUCAAUCGCGGAGUCUGUGAAGCGCCUUCUCAGUAAUGUACAGCUGCGAGUGCUUGGGUUACGAGUCAUGGAGCCACACAAAGAGGUAAUAUCAUGGCUGAACAAAUAUAGCAUGAACGAUCCUCGAGUCGUGCUGUUGCCGAAGGAAUGGACAUGCUGGGCCAAGCUAGGCCAGGGAAGCAUGUUGGUCUGGGAGUUAGUCGAUGAAAUAUUACAAUCGCCACAACCGAAGGAAGGCACUCCCAAAGAAGCAAAUGCGAUGAUAGGCACAACGGAUGAUGUGACUUUGAACCAUGUGAUAGACGUUGAUCCUCUACUCUGGGUGAUGUAG